UGAUAUUAAGUCAAAAAUAAAAAUCAAAUCCCGCAUAUUUGCGGAGGAAAGAGAAGCCAAGCAAGCUCAUUUUCUUUCUCUGACAUCUUAGACAUAGCACAAUCACAAGCUCCACUCUAGGGUUUCGCUCUUUACGUUCUCUUCACCACUGACUCAUCCUUUUUUCUAUCCCCGAAGCAGGAGUCUUUUUUAGGCGUUCACCCAUAGAAUUAACUGGAUUACGAAAAUGACAAAAUUCAGAAAGCUGGGUCGACCCACCGGUCACCGGAUGUCCAUGCUGAGAACCAUGGUUUCCCAGUUGGUGAAACACGAGCGUAUCGAAACUACUGUGGCCAAGGCCAAAGAGAUCAGACGACUCGCAGAUAAUAUGGUUCAGCUUGGAAAGGAGGGAUCCCAAUGUGCUGCAAGUCGCGCUGCUAGUUUUGUGCGAGGAGAUGAUGUCCUUCACAAGCUGUUUACAGAGCUGGCUUAUCGAUACAAGGAUAGAGCUGGAGGAUACACCAGAUUGCUUCGAACUCGAAUUCGAGUGGGUGAUGCCGCACCAAUGGCCUAUAUUGAGUUUAUUGACAGAGAAAAUGAGCUUAGGCAAGCAAAGCCACCAACUCCUCAGCCACCACAGAGAGCACCCCUAGACCCCUGGGCACGUUCUCGUCUCAGUAGACAAUUUGCUCCUCCUAAAGAGGGAAAAUCUGGAUCUGAUUUGUGAUUCUAUAGAAAGUAAUGCAGAUACUAUGUUUUUCCCAACAUAGCAUGGCAUAUCAAAAUUUUGGUCUUGCUUAUUUAAUUUAUCUUCGAAUGGUUUGAAAAAAAAAAAGUAUUCUCUUACUACUAGAGAAAAUGUUCAUCGCUAUGUAAAAAUAAUUCAACCAAAUCUAUAAUUGACAAAAGAAAAGGAAAAUAUCAGAACACUUUUAUCUUUCUGAA